AGUUGCAAUCAUUGGUACAAAAGAAUAGAGUAGACAAAACCUAAGAGUAGUUUCCCGGCCAGACUGUUUCAACCAGCACACACGUUAUCACCAGAGGGAGGGUUACAGCAUUCAAUCUGUACAUCAGAAAAGAAGAGAUUGGGUAAGAUGAAUACAACCGAGGCCACUAGCACAGAUGAUUACAGUGGCGAUGACUACAAUGGCAGCCCCUGUAGCACUGGCACCAGUCUAACCCAAGGGUCCAACUACCAGCCCAUUCUCUUCUACCUGGUGUUCACCCUGGGUCUGACAGGCAACAGUCUGGUGCUCUGGGUCCUCCUCAAGUACAUGAAACUGAAGACAAUGACAGACAUCUGUCUGCUGAACCUAGCCCUAUCUGACCUGCUCCUCGCCCUCUCUCUGCCUCUCUGGGCCUACCACGCCCAGGGUCAUGAGUUUGAAGGGAACAGUCCGUGUAAGAUCAUGGCUGGUGUCUACCAGGUGGGCUUCUACAGCAGCAUCCUGUUUGUGACCCUGAUGAGUGUGGAUCGCUACCUGGCCAUCGUUCACGCCGUGGCCGCCAUGAGGGCCAGGACGCUGCGCUACGGAGCGCUGGCGAGCAUCAUCGUCUGGGUAGCCUCCAUCGGCGCUGCUCUCCCUGAAGCUAUCUUCGCAGCAGAAGUGUGGGAGGAUGACGAGGACAGUGGUUCAAGUUGCCAGCGGAUUUACCCAGAGAACACAGAGAAGACAUGGAAGUUGUUACGGAACUUUGGUGAAAACGGAGUGGGGCUCGUCCUAUGUCUGCCCAUAGUGGUCUUUUGUUACAUCAGUAUUCUCACUGUACUACAGAGGUUAAGGAACUCCAAAAAAGACAGGGCCAUGAAACUGAUAUUCGCCAUCGUGGGUGUGUUUGUAGUCUCCUGGGUCCCUUACAACAUUGUGGUUUUCCUCCAGACCCUUCAGAUGUUUGACAUUGGGAAUAGCUGUGAGGCUUCAACACAGCUUGAUAAAGCUAUGGAGGUGACAGAGACCAUAGCUCUGGCUCACUGCUGUGUCAACCCAGUCAUCUACGCUUUUGUAGGAGAGAAAUUCAGAAAGUGUUUGGGCACUGUGCUCUCUAGAUAUCCGCUGUGUAAGAAGCUCAGCAAACAUGCAAUGGUGAGCAGCAGAGGAUCAGAAAACGAGACUUCUAACACAGCUGUGUGAUUGUACUGCUGACAGACAAUACUUCCACUGCUGAAAACCUGUUUGACACAUUUUCAUUGAGCAGAAGACCAAUUUCUGUUCGUAUGGAAUAAUGAAGUAUUCUUCUGAACACAGACUUGCAUUUAAAUUAAGUGUAACUGUAUAAUAUUGAACUUUAAAUGUAUUUUGAUGAGCUCUGACUAUUUGUUUAAGGGUGAUGGGCUGUUUAUGUUUUGAUUACCCAUGCAUGUAUUUCAUGUACAGUACAGGCCUGCACAAAAGUUUGCUACAGCAUAAUAUCAACAUGUUUUGCAUAGAGAUUAUCUCAACUUUUAUUCUUAUUGUAUGCACACAUUUUUGUUAUAACAUUAAAACACAACCAGGGGCAGGGUUGUGGCCAGAGGACUGCUAUUGGAUGGCCAGUGGCUAUCUGGCUACUCAUUGGCUACAUUUUCUGGCCAAAUAUUAUUUGGGUAGAAUUUUGACCGUCCUGUGAAUGAGGACGUGUUUUGGUAUUAACUUGAACUUGGACUUCGAGGCAAGAAUUUUACCUUUUGGAUUAUUUUGAACUUUUGUUGGCUGAGUAGGUAUUUUUGUUCCUUUCUGGAGGGUUUUCUCAAUAAAUCAACCUGUGAAUUUUGUUGUGCUCAAACAUAUUUGUUCAGCAUUGUGUUGUCAUUUUAUGCUGCUGCUGUACACCCCUAUACUCCAGUUUGCUCCACAAUAUAUUUUAUUCAGUUGAAGAAGCUAAAUUCAAAGAUGAGACAGACAACAAUCCUGCUACAUCAGUAGGUUCAAAUCUUCUUUACAGUAGGUUUACUUAGUUGUUUUGAUCCAGAAAACUCACAUAUCAAUCUAGUCAUCAUGGAAUUUAUUUCAAUUGUUCAAAGACAGGAAUUAUAUCAGCAGUCACCAUAUUUAGACAAUUGAAUGCUAGCAAUGAUGCUAGAACUAAUGCAUCUCUCAGUCAUGACGCAAAAUGCGUUCAGUCUUCAGCUAACCACUUCGCAGUAAAGUUAGUUGCUUGAGCAGCUCUAUGAGUUUGCAUCAUCUACAGGAUAUCCUGCUUGGUGGUGAACAUGUCUGCAGCACAGAUCAAGCCUUUGGGAGAAGCGACACUCCUCUGUUCAAAUAAGAUAAUACAUUCAUGAUCUUAAAAAAGGUCUACAGUGUUCCAUAAACUAAACCUGCAGCAUGGAUUCCUCCAGCUUCAUGUAGUGGUCCAAGCAUCCAUGAUGCACAGGGAUGUGCAGGUACAAAUGCAUUCCGUUUGGAUUAAAAUCUGUUCUCAGCAUAGCAGUAAAGUUUGGCCACAUUUACCCCCACACCACCCCCACCAAAGACAUCUGUUGGAGAAAAUAAACUGCAGACGUAGGUUCCCUUAAUAACCCACCUUGUUACGAGUCCCUGCAGGCCCCAGAACUACUGUCACACCAGAGUGUAUAACCCUCAGACAGACAACUCAACCCAGAUUGACAGGGGAACACCACAACCAUUCCCUUCAGCUCUGUGAGUGUUGAGAAUGGGAAUUCAUCCAGUUACUCAUAUGAGAACUCAUCCAGUUAUGCAUAUGAGAACUCAUCCAGUUAUGCAUAUGAGAACUCAUCCAGUUAUGCAUAUGAGAACUCAUCCAGUUAUGCAUAUGGCACACAUUUUGCAGACGCAGUUGAAGUACCACAUAUGACUACAAUAACAAUGACGAUGGCAUUUGCAAGUACAAGGCACACGGAGCCAGCUUCCUGCCAGUGCUGUACUCUCUCUUCUUCACCCUGGGGUUUCUGGGGAACGUUCUGGUCCUGUGGGUCAUGCUGCUGGGGGUGAGACUACGUAGCAUGACCGACGUGUGUCACCUGAACCUGGACUUGGCUGACCUGCUCCUGGUCUGCUCCUUGCCUUUCUUGGCCCACCACGCUAGACACCAGUGGGUGUUUGGUGACAUCAUGUGCAAAGUGGUCCUCAGCACCUACCACGUUGGCUUCUACAGUGGCAUCUUCUUCAUCACCCUGAUGAGUGUGGACAGGUCCAUGCUGUUUACGCCAUGAGAGCCAGAACACGUAAGUAUGGGGCCAUCGCUGUCGUCGUGACCUGGCUGGCUCGAUUCCGGGCCUCGUUUCCUGAGGUUCUGUUUCUUAAAGUGGAGAAAAACAAUGAGAAAGAAAAUUGUCACCCUGUCUAUGAUGGACACUCUUGGGGAUUUUUUGCCCUUUUCAAAAUGAACACACUUGUUCUGCUAAUCCCCCUCGUCAUCAUAGGGUUCUGCUACACAGAUUGAUGGCCUGCUUUUUGGAGGAUGGAGUACUGAGCAGCCUUCUGACUCAUUCUCAUUGUGGUUGUGGUGUUUUUCUGCUGCUGGACUCCGUACAACAUGACGUCAUUUUUCAAGGCCUUGGAGUUAAGUGAGGUCUACUCAAGCUGUGAGAGUAGCAAAGCCAUCAGACUCACUCUACAGAUCAGAGGCCAUGGCCUACUCCCAUAGCUGCCUGAAUCCCAUCCUCUAUGUUUUUGUGGGGCAAAAGUUUAGAAGGCUGAUAAGACUGAUAUAAGUCAUAAGACUGAUAAAUAAGGCUCCCUGCAGGAUGUGUCAGUUCAUGAAGUACUACCUGCCCCGGGACUUCAGAGCCUCGAGGACAGGAUCUAUUUACUCACAGACCACCAGCGUGGAUGAGAGGUAUACUGCCGUGUGAACAGCAACUUAACUGUAAAGACAAAUACAUCUGACAUCACAUGUACUGUUCAUUCCAAAACAUAUGUAAAUACCAAAUCCAGUGUCAAAUACAAUCAUCUGAAAAUAAUAGGCUCUGAUCCAGGUGCAUGGCGAAGUCAGGAAAUUGUCACUCAACUCAGAGUUUCCCAUCAGGGCGUUGAUUUUUACAGAAAUCAACCCAAUCAUUAUACAUUUCACAAACCAUUUCAUUUCCCUUUGUAUAGCAUUUUGUCUAGUACCGUAUGUCUAUUUGAAGUUUUUGGCACAUUUUGCAAAGUUCUCUUUUAAAAUGUAUCUGCUAGCACACAUAUGUAAAUACAGUAAUACUUUUUUAAUUCUAUGUAAAUAAAUGCAUCACAGUAACUUCAUCCCCUCCUGCACGAGGCAAAUUAUUACAAUUAAAGUACUUCCAAGAUAAUGUAAUCAAGAUAUACUCAGUGACCUGGAUGUUUUCUCUAUGUUCCUAUGUGUCAGUGCUAGAGAAUAUGUGAAUGAUGGUGCCACCACAGACCAAUAUCGCUUACUUCUGUUAGCAACUUAUCUCACCACAAAGAGUGACACUGCUGGUGCCUUACAAAAUGUAAUCCUAUUGUGAUUCACUGCAGUAUUGUAACAUGUUUUAUAUUGAUCAUUAUAAUGGGGAUGCAGAAGACAUUCAGAUUAUAACACAUUUG